UAUUGGAUAAUGCAAGAACGCAAACUUUGGUUUUCUUUCAAUGAGUCCAACUCAGCACAAAUCUCUGAGAACCAAACAAUAUUUAAAUCGUUUGAAAUCUAUCCAAAUAAUCACGUUUUCCCGAAAAGCCAUUCUUGCUUGACCAGAAAAAAAACAAGAAAAAAAAUGAGUCUGUUAGAUCUGGAAAAGCACUUCGCCUUCUAUGGUUCUUAUCACAGCAACCCAAUCAAUAUCAUAAUUCACGUAUUCCUUGUUUGGCCUAUCCUCUUCACCGCUCUUCUUUUACUCUACUUUACUCCUCCUAUUUUCACUCCUUCCCAAACACUCAUUAACUUUAUUCCUUCUGUCUUGGUUUUCAACUUCGGUUUCUUCUAUGCUGUUUUCUAUGCUCUUUUCUACGUUGCUUUGGAUGUUAAAGCUGGUUCCCUCGUUGGUUUACUUACUUUAAUUUGUUGGGCUGCUUCGAGUUUCGUCGCGAGCUCCAUCGGCUUCGAACUUGCUUGGAAGGUUGUGUUGGGUGCUCAAUUGAUUUGUUGGUUGGGACAGAUUUUUGGACAUCUUGUGUUUGAGAAACGUGCACCAGCUUUUUUGGAUAACCUUUCCCAGGCUUUUCUAAUGGCUCCUUUCUUUGUUAUUCUUGAGAUUCUCCAAACUACGAUUGGAUAUGAACCAUAUCCUGGAUUUGAGAAAGAGGUGAAGGCAAGGAUAGAGGUUAACAUCAAAGAAUGGAAGGAUAAGCAGCAAAAGAAACUUACUUAACUUGAAAAAGCUGUUUAUACAGAUUAUUUGAAAAAUAAUAAUUUGCCGGUGAUAAGAUAAGAUUAAUGUUGUUGAUGUAUUUGGGAAUGAGAUUAUUGAAUUUGUUGUGAUAGUGUUGGAUUUUUGUUGAUUUAUAUUUGGGAUUGAGAUUAUUGAA